UAUACAGUCAUCACAAAUUUUCUCAGCUGUUGUUUACAUUUUUGUGUUACUUUUUUGAACAAUAGGAAUUUUCUUAAAUAUUUAUCUCAUUAGAUAAAAUAUUGUGAUUGUUUUAUAAGCUGCUGUAAUGAACUUGGUUUUAUAUCCGUAAAAUAAUAAAACUAUCCUUUUGUUUUGAUUUGCAAUCAAUAUUUUUCGUAAAUGUCUGUGUCUUUGUGCGUUUUGCGAAUUGAAAUUGACGAAGAUCUACCCGAAAUGGGCGAUAAUCCUGCUGAAAUAGAAGCCGCCAAGGAGCAGAAAAAGAAGGACCGUGGCGCUCGUGAAUCCAAGACAAUAACAGUGGAGACAUACGCAAGCGUAUUGUCUGGUCCCAACAAUAAAACUGGGAUCCUGCCCACGAGCUCCCGUCGCUCGCCUCCAGAAGGCAGCAGUAUAUCGGAAGACGAUGACACUAUAAGCUUCUUUUGUGGGAAUCCACUGGUAGAAGUCACGAAGGGAGUACUGCAUUUGUAUAAAGAAAAUGAGUUUAAAGAAGCAGAAGAAGCCAAGACCCUUUGCCUGCUGUCUGUGCCGGGAGCGCUGGGAGCUCCGGACCUGCUGGCGUUUGCUGCGGCCUGUCAGCAAGAUAUUGCCCACGUGAGAGUCCUGAGAGACGGGUCUCCAGACCAUUAUAUGGCAUUGUUAACAUUCCGAACAUACCAAGCUGCCCGAGAGUUCCACGAGACGUUCGAUGGUGUCCCAUACAGCAGCUUGGAGCCCAACGCCCUGUGCCACAUGGCUUGGGUGUCCCGAGUGGAGUGGGCGCGCGACGGGACCCCGCCGCCUUCCCACACCGAGCUGCCGACGUGUCCUGUGUGUUUAGAGCGUAUGGACGAGAGCGUGGCGGGCGUGCUGAGCGUGCAGUGCGCGCACGCGUUCCACGCCGCGUGCCUGGUGCGCUGGCGAGACGCGCGCUGCCCCGUGUGUCGCUGUGCGCAGACGCCCGAGCCGCGCGCUAGUGCCAGCUGCUUCCAGUGCGAGCUGCAGCAGGAAGAAGACGGCGAGGAGACUCGCGACAAUAUAAGUGGCGUAGCAGAGGGGCUUUUGGACGGCGUAGAGGCCGGCACACUCUGGAUCUGCCUUAUUUGCGGACACGUCGGCUGCGGCAGGUACGAAGGAGGUCACGCAGCGAAGCAUUUCUUAGCGUCGAACCACACUUACGCGUUGCAGUUAGGAUCUAACAGGGUCUGGGAUUAUGCAGGGGACAACUUCGUACACCGUCUGGUGCAGAACAAGGCAGACGGCAAACUGGUAGCGGCGGACGGCGCGGCGCCCGACGCGGCCUGCGGCGGAGAGAAGCUGGACUCCGCGCAGCUGGAGUUCACCUACAUCCUCACGCAGCAGCUCGACAGCCAGCGCACCUACUAUGAGGGCCGGAUCGCCAAGCGAGCUAGACGCGGCGUGUUGAGACCAGAAGCUGGACUCCGCGCAGCUGGAGUUCACCUACAUCCUCACGCAGCAGCUCGACAGCCAGCGCACCUACUACGAGGGCCGGAUCGCCAAAAGCUGGACUCCGCGCAGCUGGAGUUCACCUACAUCCUCACGCAGCAGCUCGACAGCCAGCGCACCUACUACGAGGGCCGGAUCGCCAAGCGAGCUAGACGCGGCGUGUUGAGACCAGAAGCUGGACUCCGCGCAGCUGGAGUUCACCUACAUCCUCACGCAGCAGCUCGACAGCCAGCGCACCUACUACGAGGGCCGGAUCGCCAAAAGCUGGACUCCGCGCAGCUGGAGUUCACCUACAUCCUCACGCAGCAGCUCGACAGCCAGCGCACGUACUACGAGGGCCGGAUCGCCAAGCGAGCUAGACGCGGCGUGUUGAGACCAGAAGCUGGACUCCGCGCAGCUGGAGUUCACCUACAUCCUCACGCAGCAGCUCGACAGCCAGCGCACCUACUACGAGGGCCGGAUCGCCAAAAGCUGGACUCCGCGCAGCUGGAGUUCACCUACAUCCUCACGCAGCAGCUCGACAGCCAGCGCACCUACUACGAGGGCCGGAUCGCCAAGAUCGAAUCCGAGCACUUAGCGGAAUGUUCCGCGCUACGGCGGCGCGCAGACGAGGCGGAGGCGACAUCUUCAGCGCUUCAAGAAUCGCUGAGCGGGCUCGCGCGAGAGAACAAGGCGCUGGAGAAAAAGCUGCUCCAAGUCACCAACAAACUGUCAGUGCUGCAAAACGAGUUGUCAGAUGAGCGUGGGUUAGCGGCCGCGCUGGCCAGCAGCCAGGCCGAGUGGCAGAGCCGCGCUAAACUCCGCGAGGACAGCUUCGUCAAGGAGGUGGCCGAACUAAAAGAGCAGCUGCGCGACGUGAUGUUCUUCGUGGAAGCCCGGGGACAGCUGGAGCAGGCGGCCGGCGGCGAGGAGCUGGCCUCCGCCGCCGUCAGCGUGGCGCCGCCGCCGCCCGCGCGCCGCCGCCGCGCCCGGCACCACGCCAAGAACGAGCGCGACAUCGACAACUAGCCUUUGGCGU